AACGAAACGCUGCAGCACAUUCUACUAAAAAUGGCGUUCGCGUAGGUUGUGCGUUACUGUUAUCUUUUAGUUUAAUUUCAAAAUUUUAAAACUGUUGACAUAAAACUAAGAGAAAUAUGGGUCGGUCGCCAAGUCCAAGGCGGCGGGAAGAUCGGCUAGAUCGGCGGAGAAACAGAGAUCACGACCGGGACCGGGACCGCGAGAGGCGAAGACAGCGCACGCGAUCCAGGUCUCGCUCCCUAGACCGCAGACGACGCUCGCCGGACCGCAGAAGGUCGCCCUCGCCCGCGAGAAGACGCCGUUCGCGUUCGAUCUCUCCAGGGCCGUCUUCGUCUUUUGUAACUAAAAAGAAGACUUUUGCGGAGCGUCCGAUCGUCACCCCCGCUGAUUUGGAAGGAAAAUCUCCUGAGGAACAAGAAAUGUUGAAAGUUAUGGGGUUUUGCGGCUUCGACACGACAAAAGGUAAGAAAGUCGACGAUAAUGUCGAAGGUGAGGUCCACGUCGUUUUAAAACGAAAGUACCGACAGUACAUGAAUAGGAAAGGAGGUUUCAAUCGACCGUUGGACUUUGUCGCGUAGCACCGACCCGUAUAUGGUUACGCACAAUCUAAUUUCUAUAGAAUUUUCAGUUUUCUCAAGUUUUUUGCGACAUUUUUAAUGUCGUUGUGAUAUUACUGUUGUAUGUGAACACACUAGUUAUCUGGAUGCACAGCUAUGAGCAUAAUCAAUGUCUUAACACAUUCAGUGCCGAAAACCUGACUAUUGGGUAUUUUAUGAUUUAGUUCCCAGGUCGGACAACCCAAUAGUCGGGAUUGUGGCACUACUGCUUUAUAUGACGAAAUUGUUAUGGCCUGGCGCGGACGUCGUUUGGCUGGGUGGCAAUGAAUGUGUUAAAUAUGCUAGUGGUUAUUUCAUAAUGAUAAUAGGAUAUUAACUUUAAUAAUAUAUGAAUGGGAUUAUACUUCCCAUUUUUAUAAAGGUGCAUCCAUACACUGCAGUUAAAUUUUGCGGAGCAACUUGGUAACAUUAGGUAACUUACCCAGUUACUGUUGCACAAUGUUGCACCACAAAAGUUAACUGUGAAGUGGUUGGCUUAAACCAUGAGCUUAGUCCAGCCUGGUCAGUUAUGGAAUGUGGUAUUGUAACUGUUAAAUAACAUACUUGAAUAUUUUUCAUUAUUGCACCUACCAUAUUUUUAAACAGACUUUAGAUAUUGGCAAACAUGCCAGAAGAAAAUUUCAUAA